GCUGCUGAAAUCAAAGACAUUUCUCAAAAAUGUAAACAGAAGCAAGAUGCUUUGGAGAUGAAAGAUAUACAAAUUGAUGAAAUUCAUCAAGCUUUGAGAAUGAAAAAAGAUGAAGAAAUGGACAGACAGAGGAAAAUACGCAACACUCACAAGAUGAUAGAGGACUGGAAGAAUGAGCUCAAUACAAUGGCAGUCUGUGAGGAUCUUCAGCCACAAACUGAUGCUGUUAAUAAUGAGCUGAAAAAAUUACAAGAAGAAAGGGUGAAUAUUGAUAGUGAUAUCAGUGAUCUAACAGCAGAGAAAAUGAACCAAGAGAGGGAAAACAAAAGAAUAAUUAAUUGCCUUGAACAACUUAAUAAUAUAAUGAAUAUGAAGGAAGAGAAUCUUAAAGGGAGAUUCCGAGACACACACUCUGCUCUCAUGUGGCUAAGAAAGAACAACGACAAGUUUAAAAAGAAAGUUUGUGAACCCAUGAUGCUUGAAAUCAAUAUGAAAGACAAUAGACAUGCUAAAUAUGUUGAAAAUCAUAUUUCGGCCAAUGACAUGAGGGCUUUCGUUUUUGAGAGUCGAGAAGAUAUGGAGAUGUUUCUUGUGGAGAUGCGCGAUCAUCAAAAACUAAGAGUGAAUGCUGUAUGCGCACCUGCUGAAUCAUGGGCUGAAAGGUUACCUUCGAGACCUAUUGAAGAAUUACACCGAUAUGGAUUUUUCUCAUAUUUACGAGAAUUAUUUGAUGCUCCUCGUCCUGUCAUGAGUUAUCUUUGCUCCCAGUACAGUGUUCAUGAUGUCCCUGUUGGAACAGAGAAGACCAGAAACAUGAUUGAAAGGAUCAUACAAGAAACGAAACUUAGACAAAUAUACACAGCAGAAGAAAAAUACGUUGUUAAAGUAUCUGCUUAUACAAACCUAACCGUCUCUACUAACACAUCCCUGAGGCCAGCACGGUUUCUCACUAGUUCAGUAGAUACAGAUGAAAGAAGACAACUGGAAAACCAGCAGCAGGACAUUGAUAACACGUUAAAGUCAUUGGGUGGGCGUUUGACUACACUGUUUGAGAGACAGAAACAUCUGGAACGUAGAGACAAUGAGCUCAGGCAACAGAAGAAGGAGCUUUUAGAGAGAAGAAACAGGAGGAGACAGUUGGAAUCAAAAAUUGCUGUCAAGCAUGAUAGUUUAAAACAGCUGGAACAAGAUGCUAUCAACCUAGAGAAGGAAUCUGAACAGGCAAAUGUAAAGAUCAAAGAAAUAAAUAUCCAAAAAGCAAGACUUGUUACCGAAUUAAUGCAUCUCGUAAAGAAUUGCAUAUCACUGAACAUCCUCAAAGCAGAUUUGGUUCUUCAGAGCACUACAGUGGCUGCUGAGAAGAACAGACUAGAAUCAGAGUGUAAAGCAGCAAGUGUACAGCUAAAAGCUGCAGAGCAACAGUUUCGUGAACUGGAUGAUAGGAAACGAGUUCUUACAGAGGACUGCAAGGAAUUGCUGAAAAAAGCUCGACAGGUCUGCAAACUGAGUCCAGAUCAACAUCUUCCAAAAGAAUUUCAAACUGCUUUUCAGGAUCUUCCGACCACGGUGGAGGAAAUUGAUGCUUUUCUGAAUGAAGAGAAAACCAGGGCCUCCUGUUUCACAGGCCUGAAUGGUUCAGUUGUUGAAGAAUACAAUAAGCAGACACAAGAAGUAGAACAGUUGACAGAAUAUCUAGAGGAGAAGAAAAAUGAACUAGAUAACUAUAAGCAAAACAUUUCACAGGUCAAAGAAAGGUGGUUAAACCCCUUGAAAAAGCUGAUUGAGCAAAUUAAUGAGAAGUUCAGUAACUUCUUUAGUUCUAUGCAGUGUGUUGGUGAAGUUGAUCUUCAUGUGGAAAAUGAG